AUGUCAUAUCGGUUGAAAGUACUGAGACAUCAUCCCGACAAGAGGUCUUCAGCCGAUGGACAGGUGAUCGAUCUCGACCUCGACUACUAUUCAUGUCUGACGAAAGCGUACGAAAUAUUAGGCGAUGCCAUCAAAAGGAGAUCCUAUGAUAGUAUCGACGAAACCUUUGAUGACGAGAUUCCGGCCAAUAAUGCCGCCAAUAAAGCGGACUUUUAUCGCGUUUAUGGCAACGCUUUUAAAUUAAAUUCACGUUGGUCUACAAAACAACCGGUGCCUGAAUUGGGCGACAAUCGGUCGGACAUAUCGUAUGUGAAUAAGUUCUAUGCCUUUUGGUAUGAUUUCGAUUCGUGGAGAGAGUACUCGUAUUUAGACGAAGAAGAGAAGGAAAAGGGAGAGAAUAGAGAUGAGCGGCGAUGGAUGGAGAAGCAGAACAAAGCCGCCAGAGCUCAGAAGAAGAAGGAAGAGAUGCAACGAUUGAGACAAUUGGUGGACAACGCAUACCAAUCCGAUCCGCGAAUCGCACGCUUCAAAGAG